AUGGCGCAGCUCUGCAGCUCCGUGGGCGGCGCCCUCGGACGCCCCAGCUGGCUGCCUGUGCCAGACUUUGCUCUGAACGUCUUGCUGGGGGAGGGUGCCAAGGUUGUUCUGGAGGGCCAGAAGGUGCUGCCCAACCGCACCCAGGAGCAGGGCUUCAGGUUCAAGUACACCGAUGUUGACAGUGCCCUGCGGCAGAUACUCAAGUAA